AUGAGUUUGUCCAAACAUAAAUCCCAGGAUAAUGAUCAACUGUUUCUAGCAGCUGACAAGAUAAGUGUCACAAUCCUUGCAUCAGAAUGGGGAUCAAGUAAAGGUGGACUAUCCACUUUAAACAGAGAGUUAGCCAUUCAGUUGGCUAAGUUUCCUGAAGUGCAAAUUUCCUUCUUUGUCCCACAAUGUAACGAAGAGGACAAGAGAGCUGCACUCAGCCACAACAUCGAAAUUGUUGAGGCAACAAGGCGGCCUGGCUACGAUGAACUUGAAUGGCUGAGCUUUCCACCAGCUCAGCUCCAAAUUGAUGUCGUGGUUGGCCAUGGGGUAAAACUUGGGCACCAAGCUCAAGUUAUUAGAGAGUCUCACAAAUGCAAGUGGAUUCAAGUUGUCCACACUGAUCCAGAGGAGCUUGGAAUGUUCAAAACCUAUCAAAAUCCCAUUUCCACAGGCGAGAAAAAGCGCCAGGCAGAAGUAGAACUCUGUGAGAUGGCAGACUUGAUUGUGGGGGUUGGACCCAAGUUAUGCGAGGCAUUUUGCAGAUACCUCCAUUGGUGCAAGAAGGAUAAAAGUAUCCUCGACAUCACUCCGGGUGUUUUUGAUGAAUUUGAGAAUAUUGAACCCCUCGAUGAAGAUAUGAAACGAUGUGACAUUCUAGUGUUUGGCCGAGGGGAUGCCGAAGACUUCAAGUUGAAAGGUUUCGAUAUUGCAGCCAAAGCUGUUGCUAAAGUUGAAGACGCUCGUCUUAUUUUCGUUGGUGCUCCGGAAGGAAAACACGAAGAAAUAGCCAAACGUUUUCACGAAUGUGAUGUGCCUGCCGACCGCCUUACUGUGAGAAGCUUUGUGAAAAACCGCGAGAGUCUGAAACACCUGUUUUGCGAAGUGGAUCUAGCGCUUAUGCCAUCAAGAACUGAGGGUUUUGGCCUAACUGGUUUGGAAGCUUUAUCAGCUGGUCUCCCUGUGCUUGUCAGUAAAAACUCAGGGUUUGGAGAAGCCUUAAAUGAAGUACCAUUUGGUGCAGCGUGUGUGAUUGAUUCAGAAGAUUCCAAGGUAUGGGCUGAAGAGAUCAAGAAAGUCCGGAAGAAAAAAAGACAGAUGCAACUACAGGAGGCUGAUGCACUCCGCACCUCAUACGGCAAGAAAUACAGCUGGGCCAAGCAAAUUCAAUCUUUCGUCACCGAAAUGAUCAACAUUGUUAAAGGUAUGGCUUGCAGAGACAACACUUAACGAUCUUCAUUAGGUUAUUUUAAGCUAUCAGCGAAAGUAUUUUUUUCCUUUUACCUAUAGCGCGUCAUUUAGUUCUAACGGUCGACCAGGUGAUUCCCAACAUACAAAAAUAGUGGCGAAUAUCUGGUGAUACUGAUGUGAAUUAAACGCAUAGAUUGAUUGAAAUUGACUUUUUGGGGGGGUGGGCGGAUCAGUGAGAACCAUGAAAAGAGAAUAUUUAGUGUUGUUAAGAGAGUGAUUCCAAGAGACAAAGCAUAGACUUUGAGAUUUUAAUCAAGGUAAGGGAGAGCCUUUCAAUAUUCUGCUAACAGGAUGAUUCAAUGAUAAUAAGUUUGUUGAAAGACCAGUACAGAAAUCUAGAACCAUGAUUAAUGCUGAUAGAUCAGUUCCAACCCCUACAGAUCAACUGCUAGAAAAGUAAGUUUUGAUUGGAGCAACUUAACGACGUCAUUGAAUUAAGACAUGCAAAUAAUUUUUUUUUGCUUUCCAGUAGAUGCUUCUGUUUGUGAGGUGGGCGGAGCCCAACAUCCACACCAAUCAUCAGGUUUAUCUCUUUCCCAGGUUGCGCAAAAGGAUAAUGAUCAGCACGCAGGUAUUACAUAGCUCAGCACUAUAAAUUCCUCUUUUAUCAUCAUAAAUUUACCAUGUAUGACUUUCAAAGUUGAAAAUACCGUCUGAAACUGGCGUAAGAGUAGAACACGCAAUGAAAUAUUCAGAGCCCAGUAUACCAUAGAAAUAAAUCUUAAAUGUCGUCAGCGUGAAAACGAUAUUUCAGAAGAUCAUUGGACAUGGCCAAAAUAUUGUAAAGAGGACAAUUAUGGUAAAGCUUGAGUAGAGGACGGUCACAUCGUUUUGUGAUGAAAGGCUUUUCAUUUUUCUUCCAGCUACGAACAUCAUUCAUGAUCUGCAACAAUUGAAUUCUGAACAACCAACAAAAAAGGAGAGUGAAUCGUUGUUGAACCUCCAGAAAACUGCUGCAGACAAAGGAUUUGUCAUUUGUGACAAUCCAGCAUCUGAAAACUGCAUGUUCUAUGCAUUGUCAGAACAACUGCAACGCGUGAAAGGAAUCAACAUCUCACACAAAGAAAUAAGGAAGGAGUUAGUUAGGUUCCUCAAAAACUUUCCCAACCUGGUAAGACCCUUGCUCGGGCGAUCAUUAAUACUAAACUUUAUUAAAGUGACCGAGUAAUUUAAAGUUACUCGCAAACUUUGGCAAGAUAUUGAUGGAAAUCUUUUGAGAAGAAAAGAGCGCUCAUGGUUUACUUUGAAUCACGUGACAAAACUCUUGUCUUUUAUCUUUCUACCUUAUUAGUAUGCUGACUACCAAUGAACACAGUAAAAUCCACUGACUGAUAGCUAUUUUAAGUCUUUUGAUUAAUUUUCUUAUUUUUCUCCCCCAAAGCCCGAUGGAGCAGAGCUGUUCAAGUUUGUCCACGGAUAUCCAUCAUGGUCUGAUUACCUGAGAAGCAUGGAGAAAGACGGCACCUGGGGUGAUCACAUGAUUCUUCAUGCUGCAGCAAACCGCUACAAGACUCGUAUUCGUGUGAUCAGCAGUCUUAGCUGUGAUAUUAUGAUCACCCCGAGUCAUCCCGAUGUUGUCAAAACCAAUACACUUGUGGUUGGUCACAUUCAUGAGAAGCACUAUGUAAGCCUUCGACUCAAACAAGGUACAGAAUAAAAAUACUUUCGGCAGAUAAUCUACAAGUGUCGCUAGCCUCUAAAUUAACUCUACUUCUUUCUCCACUCCCCUGAUUUUCUACCUCUUUUAUGUGCUAACCAGAUGCGAUGGAAAUGCUAAUAAGCGUGUCACACAGAUCAUCGAGGGAACCAACUCACCAACUUAGUUCAUCGGUCCCCUCUUUAAGAGCUAAAUAUACUGUAAUCUUCUGCUUAUAAGCCCUGGGUAUCUACCACUUCGGAAGGGGUUUUAGAAGAUUUUAUAAACGAAGAAGCCUAUAUCCGAGGGGGCCUAUAACCGGAAUAGGAAAAGCACUUCGGAACGAGCGAUAGCACUGCUUAUCAAAAAUCAAAACGUCAUAAUAAAUUUAAUUCAUUUCAAUACAUUUGGAACAGAAUUGAAACUAAUAACACGAAGAAGGCUGAAACAUAACAAAACGGAUGUUUUGACCUUUCCCUUGCAGUUCAUCGUUGCUCUCCUAUUAUUAGAAUCGUGAAAUGGUUUUCUUUUUCGGUGGGCAUAUACGCGGGUGUGUGGGGUAGGGCUAUAAGUGGGGGGGGCGCUUAUAAACGGUAGCUUGCAGUAUAUCUUGGCAAGUAAAGGAAUUAGCCAAGACGAUAUGGGAAAAGGGAAGAAAUACUUGAGAUGUUUUUUUUUAACUAAAUCUUAUUUUACCAUGGGGACUUAAAGUUAGACUGGCAAACCUACAAAGAAAUAUAUGUUGAGCUGUAAGUGGACGAUAUGCUUAUGAAAAGCUUUACAUUAUGUUUAAAACUAUUUCCAUGGGCUCUACCCACUUAUUUGGGUAUUUUCAUAACAGGCAAGGUGUUUGAAACAGGUGCUGUGCCUUAGACAACCAGAGUGGUGUUGGUACCAAAAUGAAAUGACGACAUCUUUUACCGAUUUUCUUCUCAAAGGAAUAAUAUUCACCACAUGAUAAUUUGUUCCCGCAGAUGUUCCACAGCCUUGCAAGUCAGUCCCUUGGUGCAUGGAUUUCAGUUUUAGUCUGAACGAGAUUUUCACCAGGCUCAGAAUUGUAGGCAAAGAUAAGACUAGAGGAGAAACGAAGGACGAGAUCACAAACAUGACAGCUAUCUUCAAAUCACAUGAAGAAUGCGAAGAGCCUCCCCGGACUGUUUUGAUCGAAGGGGAUCCAGGUAUGGGAAAAACAACCUAUUGUCAGAAGCUGGCGUACGACUGGGCAACUUCACGAGAACACUGGGACAAGUCCUUCCCGAUGAUUGCUCUACUUUUACUGCUAAGGUACCAUGAUAUCAAUUCUAACCUUUGGCAAGCAAUUGAUGAGCAACUUCUUCCUGACGACAUCGACGAAGAAAGUAAACAAAACCUUUUCAAGUUCAUUCGUGAGAAUCAGUCCAGGGUUUUGUUUGUUCUUGAUGGCUUAGACGAAGCUGACCAUGGUAAAAUAGACAUGUUUAUCAAUCUCGCUCAAAGUAAAGAACUCCACAAAUGCCUUUUUGUUUUCACAUCUCGUCAUGAAUCUGGGAUGAAAAUGAGGUGCUAUUGUGAUAAUCUGUGGGAGAUUGUAGGAUUCACACAAGAGGACGCCGAACAUUUUAUUUACAAGCACUUUAGAGAAAUGGAACACUUAGCUAAUAGACUUCUUAAAGAAAUUUGGUUAAGAGCAGACUUACGCCAACUAACAUCAAAUCCUCUUAACACUGCAUUAUUGUGCAUUCUUUGCGAAGAUUUUCAAAACGACUUUCCAGAGAGCAGAACUCAGUUGUACAUUGAAAUCGUAAAGUGUGUCUUGAGAAGAUAUGAAGAAAAGGAAGGAUUUUCCAGCAACAAUGAAGACAUCAUUGAAGUUUACGAAGAGGAACUCAGAAGCUUGGGGCGUAUAGCGUUACAAUCUCUUCUUAAGGGUGAGCUUUACAUCGAAGAAAGCAAAGUAAAUGGUAUGAAUUUUAAGACUGUAAAGAGGUUUGGAUUUCUGUCGAUUCAGCCUGGAGGUAGUAAGAGAAAACCUUGCUUUCAUUACGGCUUCCUGCACAAGAGCUUUCAAGAGUUUUUUGCCGGUUUUCAUCUUGCUUUAACGAAUCUCAGAGAAGAAGAUGAAGCAGAAAUCACAAUCAUUGAUAAAAGAUUUCUGGGUGAGCUGCAGCAGGUGUUUUUACACAUGUGUGGACUUACUGCUAUGCAUUCCGAGGAAAAUGCUAAGCGUCUUUUACGAAAAAUUACAGCUCAUGUAAAUAUGUUAAGUGCAAAAGUUAAUGAGGUUAGAUGGAACAUAGAAUUGGCAUUUUGUUUAAUAGAGGAAUGUGGAAAAUGUAAGAAAAGCCUCCAGUCCCAGUUGCUUUUUGAAUUUGGGGCUCACCUCCAGCUAAAGGCUUGCACCUUAGAAAUGAUUCCGCGAUUAGACUUUUUCUUGGAAAGUCUUUCAUCCAAUACCUUUUUGACUGAUCUAGACCUUCGUCCUAUUUUUUGGGCUUUACUCUUGGGUUGUGAUACGAUUGACGACAAAAGAAUUGCUUUACUCUCUAAGACUCUUUUAGUCAAUACUGCAUUGACUCAUUUGAAUUUGAGUAACAAUAAUAUUGGUGACUCAGGUGCUGCUUCUCUCUUUCAGGUUCUUUCAGUCAAUACUACAUUGACUCAUUUGAAUUUGAGUAACAAUAAUAUUGGUGACUCAGGUUCUCCUUCUCUCUUUCAGGUUCUUUCAGUCAAUACUACAUUGACUCAUUUGAAUUUGAGUAACAAUAAUAUUGGUUACUCAGGUCCUGCUUCUCUCUUGCAGGUUCUUUCAGUCAAUAAUACAUUAACUCAUUUGAAUUUGAGUAACAAUGGGAUUGGUGAUUCAGCUGCUGCUUCUCUCUCUGGGGCUCUUUCAGACAAUGUUACAUUGACUCAUUUGAAUUUGAGCAGCAAUGAGAUUUGUGCUUUUGGUGCUGCUUCUCUCUCUCAGGCCCUUUCAGUCAAUACUACAUUGACUCACUUGAACUUGAAAUGGAAUGUGGUUGGUGCAUCUGGCGCUGCUUCUCUCUCUGAGGCUCUUUCAGUCAAUACCACAUUGACUCAUUUGAACUUGGUAUGGAAUGUAGUUGGUGCUUCUGGUGCUGCUUCUCUCUCUGAGGCUCUUUCAGUCAAUACUAGAUUGACUCAUCUGAACUUGGUAUGGAAUUUGAUUGGUGAUUCUGGUGCUGCUUCUCUCUCUCAAGCUCUCUCAGUCAAUACUACAUUGACUCAUUUGAAAUUGGGCAACAAUGAGAUUGGAACUUCUGGUGCUGCUUCUCUCUUUCAGGCUCUUUCAGUCAAUACCACAUUGACUCAUUUGAAUUUAGAACGGAAUUUGGUUGGUCCUUCUGUUGCUCCUUCUCUCGAAGAGGCUCUUUCCGUCAAUGCUACAUUGACUCAUGUGAACUUCAAAUGGAAUGCUUCUUUUACUGCUUCUAUCUCUCAGGUCCUUUUUUCCAGAACUAUAUCGACUUACUCGAACUUGGAACGGAAUUCGGUUAGUGCUUCUGUUGCUACUUCUCUCUAUCAGGUUCUUUCAGUCAAUACUACUUUGACUCAUUUGAACUUGCCAUGUAAUUUGGUUGAUGCUUCCGUUGCUGCUUCUCUAUCUCAGGCCCUUUCAGUCAACACUACAUUGACUUAUUUGAACUUGGGUUACAAUAAGAUUGGUGAAUCUGGUGCUGCUUCUCUCUCUCAGGCUCUUUCAGUCAAUAAUACAUUGACUUAUUUGAAUUUGUCUGGUAAUAAUAUUGGUGAUUUUGGUACUGCAUCUCUCUCUCGGGCCCUUUCAGUCAACGCUAAAUUGACUGACUUGAAUUUGGAUUACAAUCAAAUUGGUGUUUCUGGUGCUGCUUCUCUCUCUCGCGCUCUUUCAGCAAACACUUCAUUGGCUCAUUUGAAUUUGAAUUGUAAUCAGAUUCGUGAUUCUGGUGCUAUUUUUCUCUCUCAGGCCCUUUCCGUGAAUACUUCAUUGACUUAUUUGAACUUGGGAUUUAAUAACAUUUUUGAUUCAGGUGCUGCUUCUCUUUCUAAGGCUCUUUCAGUCAAUACCACAUUGACUUAUUUGUACUUGAAAUGGAAUUUGGUUGGUGAUUCUGGUGCUACUUCUCUCUCUCAGGCCCUCUCAGUCAAUAGCAGUUUGACUGAUUUAAAUUUGUGUGGUAAUGAGAUAAGAGAUUCUGGUGCUGCCUCUCUCUCUCAAGGCCUUUCUGUGAACGUUAAAUUGACUGACUUGAAUUUGGGUUGCAAUCAAAUUGGUAAUUCUGGUGCUGCUUCUCUUUCUCAGGCUCUUUCAGUGAAUACUACAUUAACUCUUUUAAAUUUGGAUGGCAAUAAAAUUGGGAAAUCUGGUGUUACUUCUCUCUCUCUCAGGCUCUUUCAGCCAAUAUUUCAUUGGCUCAUUUGA